AUGGUUGAUCAAAUUGAGUCAUGUUCGCCUAAUACGUUGGUACAAUGUCGAAUAUGUCACGAUGAAGAUGAAGACUUAAACAUGGAUACACCUUGUUCUUGUUCUGGUACAUUGCAGUAUGCUCAUAGAAUAUGUGUGCAAAGAUGGUGCAAUGAGAAAGGUGAUACUACUUGUGAGAUUUGCCAACAGCAAUUUAAAGGCUACACUGCUCCUCAAGCUCCUUUGUUUCACUAUAGGGGCAACUGGGAAAUUCCAAGAGUUGGUUUCAAUAAUCAUCAGUUCAUAGCAUUGUUUCCUGCUAAUCAUGAAUUUCUAAACUUUAAUUUUGAAUAUUCAGCUCCCUCUACAAGGAGCCGCGUGUUCAUUCACAUUGUUGCCAUCAUUGUAAUCAUGUAUAAUGGUUGCAGUCUCGUGGCAUUGGCAACAGCAGCAAAAGCAAAAUUACUUCUUCGUGAGCUAAAAACCGUUAAAGCGGAUUUAGCAUUUGCUAAAGCGCGCUGUGCUCAACUUGAAGAAGAAAAUAAAUUACUCAGGGAACGAGAAGGAAGCGAUAAGGGACUUAUCCGUGAUGAUGAUGAUCUGCUUUACACAGAUCUUGGUAAUCUCAUCUAUUGGGUUGAUAUUUUUCAUAGCAUUGCGUUAUCAUCUCAAAAAGAUUCGAGAUCAAAAGAUCAUUCCGCGUUUAAGAUUAUCGCGUGCAGGUCACCCCCAAAGCUUGAAAGAUUCUCUCAUUACGUAGCUAGGCAAAUGGGGUUCAAGGAUAGGAGAAUCGGUCCUGAUAUAUGUAGAUUGGCUUCUGAAUACAUAAGCAAAUAUGAAGGGUUUGAAGAUGAUAUAUAUGCCUAUUUUGAGAAUAAACCAGAUGCUGAUUCACUUUAUGUUAAGUUGGUGGAAGAGUUUGAGAGAUGCAUUCUUAGUUACUUUGGAUUUCAUUGGAACCAUUGUGACAUAUUGAUAAGUCAGGUUUUGAGCUCGGACAUUUCUGAGCCAAAAAAGAAGCUAAAGAACAUAGUUAUGGCUGCUACUAGGGAUCAAAGGUUCGAGAGAGUUGCCAAGAGUCUGAAGGUGGCUAGUGUUUUUAAUACAUUAGUGGAAGAGAUGAAAGUGAUGGGUAUUGCAGUAAAUGAUGACUCUCAAUGUACUCACAGUGAUAGGAGCCCGGUCCUUCUUCUAAUGGGGGGAGGUAUGGGAGCUGGCAAGAGCACUGUACUCAAGGAUAUUCUCAAAGAACCUUUCUGGGCAGGAGCAUCAGGAAAUUCUGUAGUCAUUGAAGCAGAUGCCUUCAAAGAAUCAGAUGUCAUCUACAGGGAACUUCGCUCAACAGGUCAUCAUGACAUGAUUCGAACAGCCGAAUUGGCGGAAAGAAAAAAAACAGCUUUUGUAGAUGUGUCUCCAGAAGAAACUGUGCAGAAGAAUGCUUUUGAAAGAUUUAAAGAUGUUGAUGAAUCAAGUUCAUUCAAGGAAGCCCGUGCUCUAGCUGAAGCUUCUCAAAAUGGAGCUCCUUUUAACCAAGGUUUUGGCAAUUCACCCGGUUCUCUAUCUGCACGUAAGAUUGAAGAAGCUGAAGCACAGUGUGCUUUGUUGAACUCUGAAUCAUUAUGCGAUGGAUGUUUCAGUUCAGAUUCAGAUAUAUUUCUCUUUGGUGCAAGGAUAGUGUACAGGGAAAUCUGCCUUGGAGAUGGUGGAUAUGUUGUAUGUUAUGAGAUGGCAGAGAUUGAAAAUAAACUUGGAUUGGGACGGGAUUCAUUGAUUGCUCUCUCUUUGCUUCUCGGCAGUGACUAUCAUCAAGGAGUUCAUGGUUUAGGUCCGGAGUUAGCUUGUCAGAUAGUAAAAUCAAUUGGGGAGAAAGAUGUUCUAAAAAAAUUUGCUUCUGAAGGACUUGGAUGGGUGAAAAAAAGAAAAGGAGCUAAAAAUAAUAUAGGAAAGGACGAUACCAUUUUACAAGUGAUUGAUGCUUAUUUGAAGCCAAAAUGCCACUCAGCUGAUUCAGACUUUGUGCUCAAGGCUCAUUCUCAGUAUCCAUUUCAACGUACUAAGCUCCAUCAUAUAUGCGCUGUAUACUUCGAAUGGCCUUCGGAGAGAACAGAUGGAUAUAUCCUUCCAUGUAUAGCCGAAAGGGAUUUACGACGAUUUGCCAAUUUGCGAUCAACUUCGUCUGAACUUGGGUUGAACCUUCCUUUACAUGAGGGAUUGGAAUCACCCGCUGAUGGUAGACGUUCAUCUGAGUCUAGCUACCGUAUUGGAGAUAAUGGAACUUCAGGGGGGACAAAUUAG